UCAUUUCGCGGAAGUCCCCCGUCCAUUGCGUCACACGAAAUGUGAAAACAAAAUAAUUAUUCAAAUAGUUAAGCGUGUAAAUUCAGUGACACGACGCAUUAGUUCUCCAAAUACUAAAUAUGUCUUCGUAUGUGACUCACAGAAAUGAGGCGUCGGUGAGCGUUGACCAGACAAGCUCGAGAGAAACUAUAACUUACUACAGAAUAACAGUUAAAGUUGGCACUGUGCACUGGAACGUGUUGCAUCGCUACAAUGACUUUGUAGAACUCCAUGACAAGCUCGUCUCAAACCAUGGAGUGGCCAAGGAGUUAUUGCCCCCAAAAAAAGUAAUACGGAAUAAAACACCAAAGUUUGUGGAACAAAGAAGGGAGGCGUUGGACGUGUACUUGAAGAAUGUUUUCAACUAUUUGAAGUUGUCCAUGCCGUACGAAUUCGCCCACUUCCUAGACAUGCAUUUGUAUGAUAUAUUUUUCCUGCUGCAGGAUUUGGCGAAGACUUUGUUUUUAGAAGGAGACAAGUUGUUAGAGAAUGAGAAGUCUCAUAAAUUCACUCCAAUGGAGUUACAUGCAAUAAGUGAACGUUUAAAAAUGGCCUGCCCACCAACCGAGAAACAGGACCAAAUGUAUGACUUCAGCCACAUCCUGGACUACUGCUCGCAGCUCCGGGCCCUGAACAUCGAAGGCAGCUACGAGAAGCUUGGCACCAGCACCAUAGUCCCUAAUGAGCUGCAGUUUGACCUGAUACCGUUCAAGUCUCUGCAGGAAUUAACAAUACUUGGAGUUCCUAUGGGAUGUAUUCAGAGUGUUGGUUCCCUCCGAGACACUCUAGUCAGCCUGUCAGUGCUAGUAGCUAGUGUGGUGUCCAUGAAUGAGUUCCUGCUAGUGGACAUACUACAUAAAGACCCCUCCAGCAUAGCUGAUACUGUGAAAUGGAAGAAGCUGUCAAUAGUGAGCUUCGCAAGCAACAACAUAAAGGACAUGGACUGGGCGAUCAAACUCGUUCCAAAACUGCAGCACCUCAGUUUAUCCUCGAACAAGCUCUCCGACUUGUGCGAUGUGUCCUGCCUUCACGAACUCAGGGUCCUCAACCUAUCCAUGAACAACUUCCAACUCUGUGAGAGCUGGCACUCCAAAAUAGGUAACGUAGUCAAAUUAGAUCUCUCACAAAACAAAGUGGAAUCUCUUCAAGGAUUCUCGAGACUAUACUCCUUGGAAAGCUUGGACUUAAGCUGUAACUGCGUUACUGAUGUCGAAGAGGUUCAGCAUAUCUGUAAGCUCCCGGUUUUGGAAUAUCUAUGGCUUACCGCAAACCCUGUAGCUUCUACAGUAGAUUAUAGAGUUAAAGUUUUGGAGCAGUUUAAUGCGAGGAUGGAGGAGAUUUGUUUGGACAAUGAAAGGGCGUCGGGAAAAGAGCUGGAUACAGCCAGGGUGCUGCAGGCCUUAAGGGUAGUGAAAGAGGGGAAGACUCCGAGCUUUCUGCAGAAUAAUAACACUACCCAUUGCUUUAAUAGAAGUUGACAGUUAGGUUUGUAAAUAGAACAAUUUGAUGUGUAAAUUGGAAUUAUUUUUGAUAGAUAAGAGGUAGUUACUAACUUAGCUGGUAAGUAAUUAUUUGGACAUUUAUUUUAUUAAUAUUAUUCAUUGUCUUUUGAAUUGUGAAGUCUAGAAAAGCCUGACAAAAAUGUUGUAUAAAUAUAAUUUGAUAAACUUAUAAUGGACUAUUAUAAUUUUAAAGGCGUGUUUUUGUAACUGGAACGUGUUAUUUCUGUUUUAUUUUUUACUUAUCUAAUAGUAUAGAAUUACGUCACUUUUACCCUGACGCUAAAUCGGUGUAAUUUUAUAAUAUCGUUAAUAUGCGUGAUAAUAAAUAAUUAAUCAUAACAUAAUAUUAAUGUGAACAGUGAGCACUAAUGUAAUUAAUGAUAUAUCUAGUUUAAAAGCGAGUAUGUUAGAUCAAUACAAUAAUAUUAUCGUGACCUUGUGAAAGAUAGUUUUACAACUCUAUACGCACACCGGAGCGAAUCCGCAUCCAUCUUACAGACCGCCGUAGGGUAUUCCAACUGUCCAAUUUAUUUGUCCAAUGUGCCUUGCGUCUCACUCUCUUAUUAAGCAAAAUAUGAGACGCAAAUACACAUUGGGCCAAGAUAUUGUACAAAUGGAAUUUAGACACGCAUCUAAGACAAUCAAUGAAAAUUUGGCCACAUGUAAAUGCAACUAAUGCGAUACGAGGGUAACUUUUUGACACUUUAAUUAUAGGCUUAGGUAUAUAAGGAUAUAAUUAUAAUCAUUUUAUAUGUGAAAAAUGUACAUCAGUAUAAGUGAUACUAUGUAAUAUAAAGACAAGGGUCAAAUGUUGCCUUAUUAUUAGGACGAAGUGGUCCAUUGUAUUCUGUAAACCUGUCUGAAAAUAAUGUAAGUAACUAAUAGACCCCAUGGACUGUCAUUUUGUAUGGGCUACCAUGGCAAUACAACUUUAAUAUUAUACUUGCCGCAGCACCAAGUCGCUGCCCAAAUAUUACAGGGUUCUAUGUUACAUUUUCAAUGUAGUUGAAAUUCGACUUAAUGUCACUAUGAUAAAGUUUAAAUUUCAGUUCGAUAAAAGUCAAACAUAGAACCCUGUAAUAUUGGGGCAGCGAAGUGGCGAGUCGGGCAAUAAAAGUCAGGCACCGUAAUACUACUUGCGCUACUGAGCUAUUACCGCGAAAAUCGAAGUAAUCUUCAUAAUUUCAUAGAAGUUUGACGUUUAAAAUAACACAGUGCACUGUGUGUGCUGUCAAAAUCUCUGCAGACUUUUUUUGGUCUAACUACUACAGUUUGUGCUUUUGGAACUAGAGAUUUUUUACAUGGCAAUAAUUUUGCCUCCCAACGAAGCUGUCAUUUAGUUUUUUUUUUGUUUUUUUUUUUGUUUUCUUUAUUUAACUAUGUUGGGAACCGAUUGCUAGGAUUUAGAUACUCGUAUUAAAAUAAAUAAGUGUUCGAUAAAUCAAUUUUUGUACGUGAUACUAAAAAGUAGAUAUGGUAAUUACCAAUAAUACAAGGAAAAGUUUGUACAAGUUUUGGCUUAGGUACUCAUAACAAGAAACUUGCAUCAAGGUAAAAACAGUUGCUGUUACAUGUGGGAAUAAAGUUUCUUUUUACGCGCACGAACUUGAAGGAAUUACCAUUCUAGUUAUUAAUAAGCAAAUACGUAUUCAUUUAUAAGUAUUAUACUUGUGAUUAAACCGUGCAUUGUAUUGUAUAUAAAGGAUUGAUAUAUUUUAUUAAGAAUUGAUUGAUUUAUUAUUAAAGUUAUUUUAAUGUU